AUGUGGAGCUGGGUAUAGAUAGGGCUUCAGUGAGUCGGCGACUCGGAUCCCACCGCCACCGCUUAUAAAGCCCACUCAACAUCUUCAUCUGCCUACAAGCAUCACACUUCUCACAUCAACAACACCCACUGCUACCUGCAGAUGUCUCGGCCAAUGUUCCGCAAGAGUCUAAAGACAGCCUCGUCAGCUGUCCUGCGCCCGCGCCUUCAAUACCAACAAAUCCCGAAAUCCCAGACCUUCGCAACCAUCGCACCAGUGACCUCUAGCCGCAACCACAAAGUGAUAGUCAUCGGCGGCGGCUCAGCCGGUCUCGCAAUCAGCCAUCAACUUCUUCGCUCAGGUCGUUUCACUCCUCAUGACAUCGCCAUCAUCGACCCAGCGACUUGGCAUCACUACCAGCCCGGAUGGACGUUAGUCGGCGGCGGACUAAAAACGAAAGAAGUGCUACGACGGCCGAUGCACGACUUGAUCGGUCCUAAUCUCAAGUUCUAUAACGAUGGAGUCCGAACCUUUACCCCAGAUGACAACACCGUUACACUAACCAACGGGGACCGCGUAACCUACGAACAGUUGGUGGUUGUACCCGGGAUUCAGAUCCAGUAUAACAAGAUCAAGGGCUUACCCGAGGCACUAGCAGCACCAGAGUCAAUGGUAUCAUCUAUCUACGGCUACGAUACAUGCGACAAAGUCUUCCGGACCAUUCAACAACUCCGUCAGGGAGUCGCAUUGUUCACGCAACCGACAGGCGUGGUGAAAUGCGCUGGUGCGCCGCAGAAAGCGAUGUGGCUCGCGCUGGACUACUGGAAGCGGAGGGGACUGUACAACGUUGACCAGCCACAGUCAAAAAUCCAGAUAAGCUUCGCUACGGGCCUGCCUGGUAUGUUCGGGGUGCCGAAAUAUAGCACCAAGUUGGAAGAGCUGCGACGGGGGAAUGGCGUGGAAGGACUGUUCCAGCAUGAUUUGGUGGAGAUUGAUGGGAAUACAGCGGUAUUCGCUCAACUCAAUGGGAAUGGCUUGGUGAGGAAGCAUUUCGACCUGUUACAUGUGGUACCGAAGAUGGGGCCCCAUGAUUGUGUCAAAGAUAGUGCGCUGGCAAAUGAGGCGGGUUUCGUGGAGGUUGAUGAGACGACCAUGCGCCAUACGAGGUACGCGAAUGUCUGGUCGGCUGGUGAUGCGUCGAGCCUUCCGACGUCCAAGACCAUGGCUGCGGUCGCUGCGCAGGCACCGGUGCUGGUGAGAAAUCUCUUGCGAGUAAUGGAUGGAAACGAGCCUAGUGCCAGGUACGAUGGGUAUACUUCGUGUCCGCUUGUGACAGAAUAUGGGAAGGUCCUGCUGGUGGAGUUUAAGUAUGGCGGAGUACCCAAGGAGACCUUCGGCAUGCUGGGCAUUGAUCAGGCGGUUCCGCGCCGGGCAUUUUAUUAUAUGAAGAAGCAUUUCUUUCCUUGGGUGUAUUAUAGUUCGAUGGUCAAGGGAACAUGGGGCGGGUCGCAGGGUUGGAUUCGGUAAUUUGAGGCGGGAUUUGGCGGUUUUUUUGGAGGAUUGUAUAGACACAUGUUAGAACAAGAUACUUCAACGGGUUAAAGGCUUUGAAACCAAACGCUUUUGCUUUAG